UUUCUUGUUCGCAGGUUCAUCAAUACUCUGCUAGAUUCGUUAGGUAGCUCUCUAGUGAUCACUGCUGUCGGAGGCGGAACAGAAGUCAUACCGUUUUUGACAGUCUACGCUGUAUGGCCCGCAUCCUUCGUCUUCCUGGUGCUGUACAGUUUUGCGACGCAGCGCUUCUCGCGGGGGGCGCUGUUCAACAUAGUGGUGGGGCUGUUCAUGCUGUGGUUUGUGGCGUUCGGGUUUUUGUACCCGUCCCACGAGGCGAUGCACUUCCAUGGCCUGGCGGAGAGCGUUCUGGAGGGCCUCCCAUCCGGCCUGGCAGGCGCUGUGGGCAUGGUGCGGAACUGGAUGUUCACUACGUUCUAUGUGGGAGCGGAGAUGUGGGGGGAUGUGGUGCUGAGCCUGCUCUUCUGGGGGCUGGCCAACGAGAUGACCACGAUGCGCGAGGCGCCUCUGCUCUACCCGCUCUUUGGCAUCGGCGCCAACAUCGGCCAGACGCUGUCCGGCAAGGCGCUCUCCAUGUUCGCCACCUUUUCCGAAUCCCGCCUCUCCUACGCCGUCCAGCUGCAGGCGCGCCCCCUGAUGCCUGCUGGCUGUGCAUUGGUGCUGCUGCAGGCCAUCAUGGCGCUGAUAGUCACAUUCAGCUUCAUAGCGGGCGGCGGCAAGAAGAAGCUGUCGAUACGUGAGGCGGUGGUGUUUCUGACCAAGUCGCCGCAGAUCCGGUGCCUGGCCGUGAUGGCGCUGGCGCAGGGGCUGAGCACCAACCUGAUUGAGAUCGCCUGGAAGAGCCACCUCCACAUGCUGCAUCCCUCCCCCGCAGCCUACUCGGCUUUCCUGGGGGAGGUGGCCACCUGGACGGGUAUAGUGACGGGGACGCUGAUGUUUGCCAGCCCGGCGCUCUUCGCGCGCUGGAAGUGGCGGGGGGUGGCGGGCGCGACGCCGGCCUUCAUGCUGUGGACGGGGCUGCCCUUCUUCGUGGGCUGCGUCCUCUACAACGUCGCCCACCCCGGCCCAUCCCUCGUCGGUUCUGCCGCUCUGCGCGCCCUUGUCAUGGUCGGAGCCGUCCUGCAGGUGUUUGCGAAGGGCGCCAAGUUCAGCAUGUUCAAGCCUGCGGAGGAGAUGGUGUACAUAGGGCUGGACGAGCAGAGCCGCACCAAGGGCAAGGCCGCUAUCGACGUUGUCGGCGCGCAGACCGGCAAGAGCGUCGGCUCCGUGCUGCAGCAGGUGCUGCUGGUGGUGAGUUCUGGGUCGCUAGUGAAAUCACUCCCAGUGAUGGCGAUGGCGUACUACGGAAUCCUGCGCUCCUGGUCCCGCUCCGUAAACACGCUGUCCACGCUGCAUGUCUGCGCCUUCACCACGCAAUCCACCAGCUCCGACACCGACGACGAUGACGGGGACGGCGGCGCGCCAGAAGAGGCUGUUGCCGUAUCCACCCUUGGUGACAUCUCACCCAACACGCCCUUGGCUGCCCUCUGA